UGGCCCCUUUUGCUCACCCGACACAGCUGUCUGUGGUGGUGUUGUCUGACGGAGAGAGAAGCUGUUUAUCUGUUUACCACCAAGACGUGUUUUAUAGAUCUCUCUUUUCAUCCCUCCUUGCUAGAGUGCUGACAAUAAUGUGAAGAAACUACUACAUGGUGGUGGGAAAAAAAGAUUAUAUCCAAAAACUGCCGAGUGCAAGACUGGAGCGAGAGAUCAAGUGCCAAAUGUCCACUCUGGAGGAGCACUAUUGGAGUUGCUCCCGUGCGCCGCAGUUGGAACACGAACACUCGUCGACGUCGUCUGCGGCCAACUGGUUAGCAUCCAAAAGCGAGGAAAUGAUGUCAAUCAUCACAUCGGUGCUGGGCAGCGCCUACAGGUCGCUGCACCGCCACCGGACGGUCAACUUGAUCCGCCGUGGCCUGGUGCUCUUCGCCGUGGGGGUCAUCCUCGCCCUGGUGCUCAACUUGCUGCAAAUCCAACGCAACGUCACGCUCUUCCCCGAGGAGGUGAUGACCACUUUGUUCUCGUCCGCAUGGUGGAUUCCACCGUGCUGCGGCACCGGGGCAGCGGUAGUGGGCCUGCUAUACCCGUGCCUAGACAGCCAUCUUGGUGAGCCACACAAGUUUAAGCGGGAAUGGGCCAGCGUCAUGAGGUGCAUCGCCGUCUUUGUGGGCAUCAACCACGCCAGCGUUAAACUGGACAUUGACAACAGCGUGCAGCUGUCGCUCACCCUGGCCGCCCUGUCGCUGGGCCUGUGGUGGACCUUUGACCGCUCGCGUAGCGGCUUCGGCUUGGGUGUCACCACGGCCUUCCUCGCCACCGUUUUUACCCAGCUGCUGGUCUACAACGGCGUCUAUCAGUACACAUCUCCCGACUUCUUGUACGUGCGCUCCUGGCUGCCGUGUAUUUUCUUCUCCGGUGGCGUCACCGUGGGAAACAUCGGCCGCCAACUGGCAAUGGCCGGAGUGGAGAAGCCACAUAGCGACUGAAGGCAAACAUCACCAAAAGACCCCCCACCCUAAAAAAAAACACUUGUGUGGUUUGAGGGAAGAUAAAAAAAGGCCUUUUGUCCAGUGUGCCAUGUGACCUUGCGGAGGCACCGCCCAGCCCACCCCAACGAAGGAAAUGACAGGACACACUUUGCCUCUUAGUCUUUUUUUUUUUCUUCUAAUUUUACUUCAAAGCUAGUUUGACUUGACAACGAUCUUUUAAAAGGGAAACAUUCUGGAUUUCUUUCUGGCAUGUGAUGACUUCAAACCCUUUUGGGGGGACUUUGCAUACUUUUUUGCCUGCCUUUUUUUCUUUCAUUCUUUUAAGUGACUGUACCAUACAACGUGCAGGAAUGAGGAGCAACAGGAAAUUUACGCAGGAGUGCCAAUUUGACUAGUACAUGACUAGCAUCACAUCUGAAAAAAAAACAUUUGCUGUAUUUCCUUAUGUGCUUCAAGCUACUCGUGACAAGAGACAAAUGCUCCUUUGCAUCAGCCAGUCUCGAGUGUGACGCCGGGACACAUUUUGCAUUUUCUAUACACUUGCUAGAUUGUAUCAGAAGUGUUUUUAAAAAAAACAGCGAGAUUGUAUCAGAAGUGUUUUUAAACAAUGGGCUCAGAAUGUCCUGCUGUGGUUCCGAUUUAAUUAGCUGGUGUUGUAUAACUAAUCAGCCAGCGUCAUUCUCAGUCAGACACCAGCAAAUAGCCAGUAUUACAGGAAUAGCCAAAAACUCAGAAACUAGUCAGUGUACGGAGGGAACGAAAGUCAGAUAUUAGCUGAUGUCGAAGAAACGGAACACAUAAAGUAGCAUCAAUGUGCAAUGGAAUUUAGAAAUUGGCUGAUAAAGACUGUGUCAGUGGAAUAAAUGUUGGCAGACAUUUGAUAAUGCAGAAAAACAGAAGGAAGUAUUCUGCUUCAGGGACCAGACAUCAGCCCGAUAUCUGGGAAAUUUAAACCAGAAAAUAAACAGAAUAUUGGAAUUUGCCAAUAUUUCAAUAACAGAUCACAAAAAGGUAACCGGUGCAAGUAAAAUAGAACCCCAAAUUUGAAACUAGAGAAAUUAGCCAUUGUCAAGCUGAAGUAGAAGUUAGAUGUUGGCUAGCUACAAGUUGCAGAGACCAGAAUUUAGCCUGUAUUGGAGGAGUGGCCCCAGAAAUGAGCUGGCGUCAGAAGAGCAAAUGUCGAAACUAAGCCAGUAUUCCGGGGGAGAAGGGGGGGGGGGCGUUAAUGGAAGUCUGGCCGUAAUUGGUCUUGGUGUCCUAGAGGUGAACUAGGGGAGGGAAAGAAGCCAAUGACGUAUUGGAGGGCAAGGCUCCAGGAACUAGUCAGUAUCCAAAGAAUGGCUUUCUAGAUGACAGAUAAUGUUCAUCUGUCAAUUGUUUGUUUUUUUUUUGGAAAGGGGCCCGAAGAGGUUGUUUUUUUUUUUGCAAUCUGUGAUUGCCUGUGUUUUGAAAUUACUGUGUUAUAGCUCGAAGGUGACGCUUUUGUCACUCAACUGUUGCGUGGAUUGGAAUAAUGGACUUGGACGCAUACAUUCAGGUGUUGAUAACUGUCAGGAAUUUGGGGACAGGAAGUGCGGUCAGUGUACGCGCACAGGCCAAGUCCUUUUUAUUUAUUAUUUCUGAUAUGUCGGACAUCGGGAUGCUUAAUUGAACUGGUGUCGAAGUGUAUUCUGACACAUUUCCGAAGGAUUUUUUUUCUUCUCCAAGGGAAUGAAAUUAGUAGAGGUGGAGGAAGAAGCUUUGACGUUGCACCUCGUUCAUUCACAUCUCUAAUCGCAUUUUUUUAACGUUACCUGAAAUAAACUUCAUCUGGAAAUGA